CUGUCAUGUGCCGCGCCACUGCUGGCGCCCGUCAGACUUCUAUCUUGAGAGUGGCUUUGCCUUCCUGCUCCUCCUGGCUUCGCUCAUCCCACACUGGACCACGGUUCUCGACCCAGGCGCACGUUGAACACCCCUCACCGCGCUCUCCAUUGCGAUGCGCGCAAUCUGGCCGAUGCCCACCAAACAGGAGUUGGCCUGAGCACCAAGGCGUGUUGGCGUGCUCAUGGUCCUGGCAAGUGUGGUCCCGUCACUCACGCGACCCAGCCGCCAAUCAAACUGCCCUGCUAGCAUUGCCUAGGAGCUCAUGGCGACUGUGAUAGUGGGAUGGCCAUCGCGCCAUCCCCCAGACUAGACACUCUAGCUCUGCGGGCAGCAAAUUGACAGCACGACACCACCACAAGACCUGUUGUCCUCGCGAUCGAUCCAUGGGGCUUUGACAUGCUGCUGUCGUUGCUGAUCCAACGGCUCGUCGUGGCCCUGCCAUACACACACACACACACACAUCUGCCAGAUCGACACGCUUCUGCUGCCAGUUGUUGACGCCCCACUGUGGCUACAGAAUGACGAUCACUCUUCGUCGAGUCACUGCGUCAACAGAAGUUGUUUGCCCUGAGUGUGAGCCGUGAUCCUACUGGACGCUUUCGCACUGCUUGGCCAUGCCAUUUCCACUCCAGCAUCGUCAUCUGAGGACUGACAACAGCACUAGCGCGUGGGUCUGCAAAGCCGGCGGAUGCCCAUCGUAGUGAGCCGUGUUCUGCGCCCUACUCAAGCGGACCUCUGAGGCUGUUCUUCACAUCUGCAGCCAUGCGUGGCACGGUUGGUCGAGCGCCACGUUUUCACCCUGCGCGCUGCCCGUGGGCCGAAGCUGACAUGCACAGUUCCACGUUGUCUAUGGCACAUGGAGGCUUUCCCCUGUGUACGAUCACCAGCCGUGCAGCCAGUGACGUGUCAGAGAUACACAGCCAUUUGCGCGCAUUAGCUAGUUACACCGCUGGUUGCACGAGCGUGACAGCGCAAAGUUUGGAGUCUGGCCCAAGCCACAAUCUAUCAGAAGCGAGGGCUCGGGUCGAAGCAAGCGUCGCCAAAACCAGUGCUCGGCACUCUGACGAUCAUAGCUCAGGAUCUCUAACAAUGAUAGCUCAGAUUGAAACGCAGCCGCCAGAACCUUGCGCGAGAGGCACUGAAUCUCUUGGGACC